AGCACUGUGUCAUGUACGUAAAGCAUUUCAGGUCCUGGAGCAUUGAGAAGGACCAUACAAUAAAUUGUUAGGCUGGGUUCACACAUACAAUAUGGAAAGUAUUUGGUCCUCAUUUUGGAGCUCAAUUUAAUCACUAGAGGAACUGACAUGGAGAAAAAUGUCUAGGCUUGCAGAAUAGCAGAAAUGCUGAAUGCUGAAUCCAGGAAGUGAAACUUAGCAGGGAGCUGGUGAGUUUUGGAACCACAACACGGAAGAUUGGACAGAAGCUCUUGGGCAGCAGACAAUGAACUUACGAUCAAUAAUAACAGUGGAGCCUGUGCUCUUUCUCUUUAUGACGGGAAUAUUCCUCCAAACACCAGCCUACCAACAGCUCAUUUUAAAUAAGGUUUGCCAGGAAUCUUACAAUGCCUCUGUAUGUAGAAGUAUUCAAGAAAAUCAAGGGGAAUUCAAAGCGGUUCAAAGCAGAGGAUCAUACAUAAUGUUAAUCCACAUUGCCAUCAUGAGCCUGAUGUCACUUUUACCAGCUCUCAUUCUUGGAGCAUGGUCAGAUAUGGGGAGCCGCAGGGUAGGAAUGAUUCUGCCUUGUGUCUUCUCUGUUGCAAGUGGAGGACUCUACAUUGCCAUAAACUAUAUUGAAAGCAUGACAGUAUACUGGACUUUUGCUGCCGCUGCAUUGAUCGGAAUUUCCGGGGGACAUGUUUCUAUGUUUUUAAGUGUAUUCAGCUACUUAGCUGACAUAACUGAAAGUCUGAAUCGCACUUUUCGAAUAGGCAUUGCAGAAUCUAUGAUAUUUCUCGGAGGGACAUUUGGCUUUCUGCUUAGUGGAAUUCUACUUGAGCAUAGCACAUUUACCAUUUUAUUUGGGGUCUACUGUGGCUGUAAUUUACUUGGAGCAGUAUAUGUAUUGAUUUGGCUUGAAGAAUCAAAGUCUUUAAAUAGGUUUGACAGACUUUAUGAAGAAUACCAUGGUGGAGAUGAAAGUGAAGAAAGAACUAAACCAGUAAAGAAAUCAGUUGUUGCCUACAUCAAAGACUCUUUCAAUACUAUAAUAAAGAAGCGUGAAGGUCAAAAUCGACUAAAAAUUUACCUGAUUUUAUUGUGUAUUUUUCUGAUCAAUCUCUGCAAUGUUGGAGAGCAGUCCAUUUCACUAAUGUUUUUAAGUUACCCUCCAAGAAGUUUCAGUAAUGAGCUGUAUGGCUGGUACACAGCUUCCAAAAUGUUUGUUUCGGGAAUAUGUUUAAUUUGUACUUUUCAUUGUCUUUUAAAACACAUUAAAGAAACAUGGCUUGCCAAGAUUGGAGUGACCGUAAGAACAGUUUCUUUCCUGCUUAUGGCCUUCUCUACAACAAAGUGGAUGGUAUUUUUAAGUGGUGUAGUAAGCGCUCCAAGUGGAUAUACUGUAGCAGUCCUGAGAUCUGUGUCUUCGAAAAUUGCAUAUCCAAAUGAACAAGGUGCAAUGUUCUCCAUAAUGGCAUCAGUCGAAACAAUAUGUUUACUUAUUGGUGCAGCAAUAUUUAAUGGAAUUUACCCAGCUACACUAUCAGCGUUUCCAGGAAUGUGCUUCAUUAUUAUGGCAACUUUCCAGAUAAUCACUUUUGUGUUGAUUCAGUGGAUCAGUGAAAUACCCACCGAACUCCCUAAGGUGAUCAUCAAUGAAGAAUAAUUGGUAGGCAAAGAUUAGUAUAUAAAGGACCACAGAAAAAAAAAACAUGUUGUUUUGUUAAAAAUCAUUACAUUUUGUUUCUUUGCUUAGUGUUCAAUCAUUUGAACAUGUUAUUAAUAUUCUGCUGGGCACAGCGGCAUGUGAGGGUAUGGAAUGAUUGCAAUCAAAGGAACCAGAGGGUUUAAGAACAUAAAAAUAAUUCUAGAAACAUAAAAGUGUGUUAACCAUGUAACUUAUGUAAUGACUUGGGGCCUUUUCAUAUUUAAAUUUUAAUAGAA